UUCGUCUGAAGUCGAAAGUUGCCAGACAAACCGGGCUAAGUCUCACAAUUUGCUUUUUGUUUUUCAGAUCUUCUCAUGAUGGACUCCUUGAUGAGCUUCGUAGGUCCCGGGAUCGAGACGCCCGCUGUUGUCGAGCGUCCUCCCUGUAGCUCCAAGAAGACCCAGAAGGCCCUUUAUUACUGUCCCAAGUGCCUGCAUGGCUUCACUCUCAAGAGCAAUCGUAACCGCCACUUCAGAUACGAGUGUGGCCACGAGCCCAGGUUUAAGUGUCCUUACUGCGAGUUGCGCAGCAAGCAGACCUCGCAGAUCUACUGCCACAUCAGAAAGAAACAUCCCGAUGAGAGGGUCUACGUCAUCAACUUGAAAUCCUAACAAAUCGUUACGUAUGUCGUGUAUUUUGACAAACCGCGAGCAGCGUUAUUAUAUCAACCAAUAUAAGUGCAAUAAACGUCUCCACAGCAACAUAA